AUGAACGACGCAAAAGGCACCGUCACCCCCUGGAUCCAGCACAAUGCCGCCAAGGUUGACCCGGCUUGGGCAUUUGCCGAAGCUCAGCGUAUGAGAAAGAAGAAACUCCCAGAUCCUCCUCCUCGCGUCCAGGAUCGAAAGGAGAGAUUCAAAGCUGCCAUGCGGGCAUACUUCAGACAUACUGAAGACAGUCAGGCCAAAGACAUUUUCGAGCACACCACGACAUGGGAGGAGGUCCGCAGUGAGGCGCAAAAAGCAUUAGACUUACGAUACAAACAGAACGGAAAGAAGAACUUUUUCCGGAAAUCGAUUCGAGUUGUCGGAGACGUUGCCUCUCGAUUGGAAUUCCUGACAGAACUGAUUCCUAGCGGCGAUUAUAUGGGAGUCAUAUGCGGGGGGCUGAAGCUGGUCUACAACGCAGCCAAUCGGAUGAGUACCGUUCGCGAAUUUGUUCUGGGCUCUUUGGACAGUCUGUCGCAGCCAAUUCAAGAUGUCUCGCCCUAUCUUUAUACCUAUUCAUGGAGCGAGGAGCUUUUGGAAAAAUCUCACGAACUUUACAUGUGCGUCUUGGAUGCGGUCGAGGAGAUAACACUAUGGAUAUCGAAGACUAAGGGUGUGGUUCGAGGCGUGAUCGCAAUAGGAAAAGCCUUUGUACAACAGGAUGACUAUGGGAAGAAACUCGAAACCAAGAUUACCACCAGUGUUGGAGAGAAGGCGAUUGCGUUUGAAAAGGCCGUGAAGUCAUGCUUGAGUAUUGAGGUCCACGAUAUGGGCCAAAACGUGGUCCGUAUCGGCGAAGGACAGGACGAAAUGAAAGACAAUCUAAGACGCGCGGCAGCAUCGUUGGAAAGAUUGGAGGCAAUCUUGCAGGACAAGAUCAAACAGAUGCAACCGAUACUGGACGCAUAUGAUUCAGCUCAAGCUCCCCCGGUGACUCGAGUACACAUCACAAUCGAGCAGCUCCUCACUGCGCUCCACUUGACCAGCCCCUUUCCCGACGUCGAUGUUGUAGACCAUACAGUCGAUGUCAUCAUCACGGAAAGAAGGAGGCUGUUAGUCUUAGGAGGACUUCUGGAUGGUGAUGCUGAAGACCAGAUUGCUGGCGUCCUGCAGGAUUGUCGAUUCCGCACCUGGCUUCAAGUCAUGCGCUCUGAGGUUCUUGUGGUCUCAAUGAUGGAGGAGGACAUCUUACAGGAGAGUCCCGUCUCGCCGCUGACCUACAUCUGCUCGAUGUUACUGAAGUCCUUUGCCUCAACUGAGCGUGUAGUGCCAGUCGCGUUUUUCUGCCGGGAACAUUGCGAUCCCCAGGAUAACCUCGCUGGCGCGUCGGGGAUGAUGCGAUCUCUGAUAGCUCAAGUGGCGGUGACCCUCACAGAGGCCAACAGCCUCGAUCUCAGUUUCUUGGUAGAAGAUAGCUUACACACGAUUGCAUCUCAGGAUCUGUCUACUAUGUGCGACCUCUUUGCGAACGUGAUCAAACGGAUUCCCACUGGUAUUGUCCUAUGCAUGAUUGAUGGCGUGGACUACUUCAGCAACCAGAUUCAUAUACAUUGGCUAGAUUGGGUGAUGAGGUUUCUUAAUAGCCUCGUGGAAUAUGUUUCGCGAAGCCGGUCGGAUCUUGUCUUCAAGAUAUUGCUUACAAGCCACCGGGGCGCCAGCUUGGCCUCCCAGUGGUUCCCUUAUCGAGUGGAUUUGCCCAUGGUCAGUAAUGAGACUAUGUAUGGUCUUGGUCUUGCUACUGGAGAGAUGCAGUCCAUCUUUUGA